GCAAAUGAGGCGGAUAAUAGCAUUUAUAGCUUUAAUAUCAACUGCUCUUGUUGCUUCAGUCGUUUUUUAUCUACCCAGAAGGGAAAAGAGCGAUAAGAGCAUAACGGUAACUUUAAAAGAGGAAGAUUUAUUGCAAGUAGCCCCACAGCAUUUUUCAACCAGACAUUUGCAAGUCACUUGAGGAGAUGGUUUAAGAGAAGCCCCUGAAGAAUGUGAUGAUAAUGGAACUGCACCUGGAGAUGGAUGUAGUGCAACUUGCACGAUUGAGGCAGGGUACUAUUGAAUUGGAGGAAGUCCAACAUCUCAGGAUACGUGUACACAAUGCACAGGAGGAACUAGUCCAAAUGCAGGAAAAACUGCAUGAGAAAUUCAGUGAGGAGAUGGACUUUUAAACCCUGCCGAAAAUUGUGACGAUGGGAAUACUGCUGCAGGAGAUGGUUGUGACGCAACAUGAGAUGUAGAAGCGACUUAUAUUUGUACAGGAGGAUCAACUAUAGGAGCUGAUACCUGAACUGCUUGUACUGGAGGAACAAGUCCAGAUGCUACAAAUUCAACUUGAAGUAUACAAUGUGGAGAUGGAUUUAGAGCAGGUGCAGAGGAAUGAGAUGAUAGCAAUUCUGUUGGAGGAGAUGGCUGAAGUAAUACUUGAACGAUUGAGACAGAUUUUGUUUGAACUGGAGGCUCUACAACUGCAGCAGAUACUUGUACAUACUGAACAGGAGGAACUUCACCAAAUGCUGCAAAAGAUACAUGUACAACACAAUGAGGAGACGGAAGAAAGCAUAGUUCUGAAGAAUGUGAUGAUGGAAAUACAGGAAGUUCUGAUGGUUGAAGUAAUGCUUGAGCUAUUGAAACCGAUUAUGCAUGAACUGGGGGAACUACUACUACAGCUGACACAUGAACCUUAUGAACAGCUGGAACAUCUCCGAAUACUGGAAAAGAUUCAUGUGUCGCAUUAUGAGGAGAUAGCAGAAAGCAUGCGAGUGAGGAGUGUGAAGAUGGAAACACUGCAAAUUCUGACGGAUGAAGUUCGGCCUGCAUGAUCGAGACCUUAUAUAUUUGCUCUGGAGGAACCACAACCUCAACAGAUACAUGCACAUUAUGCCUUAAUGGGGAGUCUCCAGACCCUACUAAAACUGUUUGACAAGUCCAAUGAGGUGAUGGACUCAGAGUCGCUGAUUCAGAAAGAUGAGAUGAUGGAAAUAUAGUUGACGGGGAUGGAUGCUCAUCUACUUGACUGCUUGAGGCUAACAGUGUAUGUGUAGGAGGUUCACUUACUUCAAUCGAUGUUUGAACAGUCUGAGCAGGAGGAACUUCUCCUGAUCCAACAGGGACUUUAUGCCAGAUAAAUUGAGGAGAUGGUUUUAAAGUAGCCUCAGAAGCUUGAGAUGAUGGUAACGAAGUUAGCUUUGAUGGAUGCUCCAGCAGUUGAACUAUUGAAACAAAUGGAAUAUGAAAUGGGGGAAGUACCACUGCUCCUAGUACUUGUAGUGUUUGAACAGGAGGAAGUUCUCCAAAUGCUGGGCAAACUGCAUGAAUCACUAUUUGUGGAGAUGGUAAAAAGCAUGCUUCUGAAGCUUGAGAUGAUGGAAACACAAACAAUGGCGAUGGGUGUACUUCAACUUGUACUGUAGAAGCAGAUUACUACUGAUCAGGAGGCUCUGAUACAACUCCAGAUACUUGAAUAGGGUGAACAGGGGGAACAUCAGUCCAUCCUAUUACUGGAGCAUGAUCUGUUAUUUGAGGAGAUGGUAGAAAGCAUUCUUCUGAAGAAUGAGAAGAUGGAAAUACAGCAAAUGGUGAUGGAUGCAGUUCAGUUUGAGUGAUUGAAGCAGAUUCUGCUUGUUCAGGAGGAACUACAACUACAGCAGAUACAUGUACUGUUUGAGCUGGAGGAACAUCUGCAAAUGCAGAUAAGACUGCUUGUACUGCACAAUGAGGUGAUGGUAAAAAGCAUGCAUCAGAGGCCUGAGAUGACGGAAAUGCAGAAAAUGAUGAUGGAUGAACAUUAGGAUGUGUUAUUGAAGCUUCAUCCUUCUGAACCGGAGGGACAGUUACAGCUCCAGAUACAUGAACUGUCUGCAAAGAUGGACAAUCUUUAAAUGGUGCUAUGACCGCUUGAAUUACAGUUUGAGGAGAUGGAAGAAAACAUAUUUCUGAGGAAUGAGAAGAUGGUAAUACAGCAAAUGGAGAUGGAUGUUCAAACACAUGCACAAUUGAAACAAAUUAUGUUUGAAGUGGAGGUGACGGAUUAAAUCCAGAUACUUGUAAAGGAUGAGAAAGUGGAAUGACUCCUAAUCAUGAUAAAUCUUUAUGAGCAGUAAACUGUGGUGAUGGAUUAAGACAUCCUUACGAAGAAUGAGAUGAUGGUAACGUUGUUGCAAAUGAUGGAUGAGCUGCAAACUGAACAAUAGAAUACAACUUUAUUUGAAAUGGAGGGACCAACCUGACUUCAGACACGUGAAAUAAUUGCACAGGAGGUAUGUCUCCCGAUCCAACUAGAACAAUUUGCCAGAGAAAUUGUGGAGAUGGAUUUAGACUUCCUCCAGAAGAAUGAGACGACAACAAUACACUCAGCCAUGAUGGAUGCAGCUCUACUUGCACUAUUGAGACUUGGGCAGUCUGUGAUGGAGGAACUCUCACCACUAAAGAUGCUUGACAGUAUUGAACUCUUGGAACAACACCAAAUGCAGGGAAAACUGCUUGCCAAAUAGCUUGAGGAGAUACCAGACAACAUGCAAGCGAAGAAUGAGAAGAUGGUAAUUCAGUUAGUGGAGACGGGUGAUCUAAUUUAUGAGUUAUCGAGCCUAUGUGGGCAUGAACAGGGGGAUCUCAUGUAUCUCAAGAUACUUGCACUCAAUGAAUUUUAGGAACAACUCCCAAUACAGAUAAAUCACAGUGUUUAGUCCAAUGUGGGGAUGGACUCAAACAUGCUACUGAAGAGUGAGAGGACUCAAAUACUGCAAAUGGAGACGGAUGUACUGUUAAUUGAACAGUAGAGGCAUACUCUUAUUGUACUGGAGGAUCGACAACAGGUGCUGAUACUUGAGUUGUAUGAACUGGAGGAACUUCACCAAAUGCAGCAAAAACAGCUUGAGUACCACUUUGUGGGGAUAGAAGGAAGCAUGCAACCGAAGAAUGCGAUGAUUCUAACACAAUCAAUGGAGAUGGUUGAAGUUCAACAUGAACUAUAGAAACAGAUUCUAUUUGAAAUAAUGGAAACACUACAGAUCCUGAUAUUUGACAAGUUUGCCCACAAGGAUAUCAUAAUGAUGCAGCAAAGCAAAAUUGAAUAACUAUAUGAGGAGAUGGCUUUAGAGCAGGUGAUGAAGAAUGAGAUGAUGGGAAUAUAAUUUCUUCAGAUGGAUGAGCUUCUAAUUGCACAAUUGAAGAUAAUUAUGUUUGAUAUGGCGGUACUGAGGAAGAAAAAGAUACUUGUGAAGCUUGUACAGUAAAUUAUGAGCCUAACAACAAUAAAUUUAAGUGAGUUACAUCAUUAGAAAUCUAUGAUGAAAAUGAAACACUAUUCUUUUCAUCAUCGUUCUAUAUUCUCAUCUUCGGGAAUACAAUCAUUCAUACAUUAUACUCAAUAUUUAUAAGUAGUACUGCACAAAGUUGAUCUGCUGGAUUAGCACAGGCCCAGCUUAUAAUGCUCUUACCAGAAUUAGGAGCUUAUAUCCCUCUUAUAACUAGGAGAACAUUAUUCCAUUUAAGAGAGGUUUUGCUUUCAUUCUACUUCUUAAGAAUCGACCAGACUAAAGUAUAUGACUUCUUUAACGGUACAUUUGGAUUUGAAUCAAAUGGAACAGACAGGAAUUAUGCAUUAAUAGAGAAUGGAAGCUCCUUCAUGAACUGUAUUGGAAUCGUGGUAGGAAUACUAAUUGGUGUAUUCUUUUUCUUUAUCAUGUUUCUUAUCCAGUACUUUGUGAAUCUUGAAGAAAAAGCUAAUAAAUGGUGGGGUAAAGUUCUCAAAGAACUUAGUGACUUUGCUGUAUCCCUAAGAAUUGUAGUCUGGUAUUCGCAGUAUACUUAUAUGUUCAUUGUCUUAAUAUCAAUGACUGAGUUACAAGAAGGAAAUAAAAAUGGGAAUACCCUAUCUACAGUUUUUGCUGUACUUCUGAUGCUUUAUUCUAUCGCAUGAAUUGCAUUCUUCUGAACAGCCCCAUUUUUGAAAAUUAAAGAAUCCAAAGGCCCUUCUCCAUUCUUUAGAGGGCUGAGAUCUCAUUGGUGGCAAAAGUAUUUCUUAGCUGCUUUUUACACAAGGAGAUUUUUAUUUGGAUUUCUAGUCUUCUUUAUGGUGAAUCAAGGAAAAUAUUUGAAGAUUUUCCUCUUCUUAAUAAUUCAAACAGCUUAUAUUGCCUGAAUAGCAAGCAUGAGAUCAUUUGUCAAUCUGAAAGACAGACUAGUGGAGAUAGUCAACGAGAUUGUGUACUAUAUACUCAUAUUCAUAUUGCUCAUUUUCAAUGACAGGUUUGAGUGGACUAGAUUUGUCAAAUAUCUAUACCUUGUCCUUGUUUUUUCAAAUUUGAUAGUUACAUUUGGAGUUGGAUUAAUCAGCUUAUUUGCAUUAACAAAAGAAGGAGGAGGAGGCAUUUCAACAGUUACCAGAGUACAACGAAUUCAGUCUACUUUUGAUUCAAGGAAUAUGACUGGAGAUCUUACAAACAGAAAUGGGACCAAUGAUAGAAUACCAGCAAUCUAUCAUCCAAGAAGUUCGAUAGGAAACAAUCCUUUGAAACCGCAUGCCAAGAAGCUGUCAAAGAUGCCCAAAAAAUCAUUGUUCUCAAAAAAGAAAUUAUAAGGGCUUGAUUAUUAUGAAAUUAUCUAAGAUUCAAUAAAAAGUUAUCC